AUGACUCGCAAUACUGAAACUCAUUCUGACUUAUCACCAAAUACCAGUGCAUCUCCAAAUAUCCAAGGAAUUUCAGAAGACUCUGCAGAUCACGGUGAUCAUCUCAUUACAGAAAAUACAAAUGAUGAAGAAAAUCAUGCCGGUACAAGUUAUGCUGCUGCCUCCUGUACUAAAAAACCUUCAUCCAGUGAAGAAAAACCUGAUGGAGUACCAAACCAAGUCCCAGAUCCAAAUGAAAGCAAUCCUCAGUACAUGAUGCCUCUGGACACAUGCCUUCAACCUGUCGACAUAGCACAGGAGGUUUUGGACCAACAAACCAUUUACUGUGUUGCACCUGCUGAGGGAAAUCGUCCUGUUUCAAUAUUGAAUGUAAAGGAUGUUGAAGCACUUUCAUUUCCACAACAAUUCCCACGUGGAAGAUAUCACUACAACACAGAGAGAAUGGUCAAAAUUGGCCUAAACCCUUACUUUAAUGCCAGGCUUUUCAAUGUUGACCCAAGGUUUUCAUCUGACAAUGCAUACAUUUUCUUUGCACAGUAUAUCAGUGAACUGACCCAAAUUCUCUCCAAUAUUUCCAUCGCAAUGCGAAAGGGCUCACCUCACACUCGCACUGGCACGAAAAUAACUGCCAAGAUGUUGACUAACAAAGAUGCUGUACGAGAAAUUCUCAAAUCUGACAAGGGUUUCCGAUUUCUCCAACCAGUUCGAGGAACACCUCCAUAUUGGGAACGCACCCUGAAGGAUUUGUUUGCCAUGAUCAAACAAAUUGGUAUACCAACAUGGUUUGUUACCUUUUCUGCAGCAGAUCUCAGAUGGCCUGAGGUGCUCCAUGCUCUCCUGUUGAACUCGUCAGACCCAAAACGAAACAUUGAAGACCUCUCAUUCCAAGAGAAAAGCAAACUUCUUCAAGAGAAUCCAGUUCUUGCUGCAAGAAUGUUUGACCACCGUGUGCAUGUACUCUUUCACCAGUUGCUCUUGAGUAAGGCUGAACCACUUGGUAAGGUAGUUGACUACUUCUGGAGAACUGAAUUUCAGUGUCGAGGAUCCCCCCACAUACACUGUCUCCUCUGGAUUGAAAAUGCCCCAAAGUUGGAUGAAGAUAGUGAUGAAUUAGUGUGCGCAUUCAUAGAUAGGUACAUUUCAACUGAACUGCCUGAUGAAGAGACUGAUCCAGUACUUCACCACAUCAUCAAACAAGUACAAACUCACAGCAGAAACCAUUCCAAGUCAUGUUUCAAAGGUAGUGGAUCAAGGCAGUGUCGUAUUUGCAGAUUCCUCUUUCCGAGGCCACCCAUGCUGCAUACAACCAUUUUCAGACCUAAGCCCAAAGAACCAGAUGUCACACAUGAAGAGCCAGAUGUCCCACAUGAACAGACAGAGAAUUCUAUGGUAACAGAUGAGUCCUCCAGUCCAUCUCCAUUACAUUCACCUGAUGUACCUUCACAAGAGGACAGUGUUGAUUCUGCCACAAAUCGCAUAAAUGAAAAGAAAGCAAAGGCUAACCUGCAAAAAGUGCGCGACCUUCUUGAAAAAAUUGCUUUUGAUGCAACAGAGGUACCCACCAUUCAAGAACUUCUUGCUGAUGCAGAUUUGAGCAUGGAGGAAUAUACAGAAAGCAUAACUGUGUUGUCCAGAAAAAUUUCAAUACAACCGAAGAGGCAACCAAACGAUGCAUGGGUUAACAAUUAUAACCCUGACUUGCUCAAAGCAUGGAACGCUAACAUGGACAUCCAGUAUGUUACUGAUGCAUGGGCCUGUGUUAUGUACAUCCUGAGUUACAUCAGCAAAGCAGAACAUGAGAUGAGUGCUCUUCUGAAACAGGCUCAAGAAGAUGCCAAAACAGGAGAUUGUGAUAUUGUCAAAGAAAUGCGACACAUCGGCAAUGUGUAUCUCCAGAAUAGAGAGGUCAGUGCCCAAGAAGCUGUGUAUCGAGUAACUGGAAUGAAACUGAAAGAUUGCUCUAGACAAGUCAUCUUUGUACCCACUGACCCAAAUCCAACCAAAAUGAGUCUCCCUUUGAAAACUAUCCAGGCAAAGUCUAAGGCCGACUCAGAUGAUAUCUGGAUGACUUCUGUCGUCGACCGAUACAAGGCAAGACCAGAUCAACCCCCUUUUCCAAAUAUGUGUCUUGCAUACUUCGUUUCCUACUAUAGAGUUCUUACAUCACUCACUGCCAAGCAGUCAGAAAACGCUCAACAGAAUGCUGACAAUGAAGUUCCUGACAAUGAACACCAGCAACAUGAUUCCUCACCAAUCAUUCCGCUGCAAAAUGGAAAAGGGUUCAUACAGAAGAGGUCCAGGAGCAAUCCUGCUAUUGUAAAGACAGCUCGCUAUCCACGCCUGAAAUAUCCUGAGAAAUACAUCCACAACCUCCUGUCAUUGUACUUGCCAUUCUCUACAGAUAAACAGCUUGGUCCAAAACCAUUUGAAACAUUCGAGGAUUUCUAUGACAAUGCUGCAGUUAAACUACCCGGAUCUGAUGUGCCAGAAAGGGUCAAGGUCAUUGUGGAAACAAACAGACGAGAGUUUGAGUUAGCGACAGCUUCAAUAGACAUAGCCAUGGAACAGCUUCGGGAAAAUCCAGUCCUGGAGGAUGCAUGGGCACAGCUUGCACCAUCAACAGAAACUGAACGUUCAGAAACCAACGCUGAAAAGGAAGAUGUGUCUCAGGAUGAAGUACUAGAAAAUGAGAAUAUACAAGAACUGUCUAAUUCUACACGUGAUGCUGGUAGCCUUGGUGCAGUUGGUAUAGAAUCUACUUCAGAAGAGCACUCGGCUGAGCAGAUCAGAAGCAUACUCCAAUCACUGAAUGAAAAGCAAACUACAGUCUUCAACACUGUACGACGCUGGUGUCUGCUUAAGAAACAAGGUGCAAAUCCUCCUAGUCUACAGUGCUUCAUCUCUGGAUCAGCAGGCGUUGGCAAAAGUCAUCUCAUCAAAGCAAUUUAUUACGAAGCCAAAAAACUGCUGCAGUCUGUUGCUGACAACCCUGGCAACACUACCAUACUUCUAACUGCAUCAACUGGUACUGCUGCGUACAACAUCAAUGGACAAACAUUGAACAGUGCCCUCUCGAUACCAAACAAACGCCCGAUACCUGUUAGAGGUCUUGCAGAAACUACGAUGAACACCCUCCGAGCAUCCCUCUACAACUUACAAGUACUCAUCAUUGAUGAAAUUUCAAUGGUUGACUGGACCAUGUUGUACUAUGUGGAUUCCCGACUGAAACAAAUCACAGGCAACAAAGAACUAUUUGGGGGAAUCUCAGUACUUGCACUUGGUGAUUUCUACCAGCUUCCACCUGUCAGGGCAACGCGUCUCGUCACUAUGAAUAAAAAAGAUACGCGCAACAUCUGGACAUCAAAUUUUCAGUUGAUUGAACUUACUGAAAUAAUGAGACAACAAGAAGAAGCCAACUUUGCCCAUCUCCUCAAUCGUAUAAGAACCAGAGAAAAGACAACCCCACUUCAAGAUACAGAUGAAGCCAUUGUCAAAUCCCGCGUGAUUCAAUGUACACCUUCAGAUCCAGAUUAUCCUUCAGAAGCACUACAUGUAUAUUCGACAAAAAAGGAAGUUCAAGCUUACAAUGUGAGCAAGCUGUACCAACUACAAGACACCACUGUUGUUACACUGCGGGCUGAGGAUUCAAGACACAAUAAACUGACAGGAAAUGAAAGAGGCACUGCAUCCAGUCAAUCAGCCAAAGGGGAUGACAUUCCCAAGUCAAUAGAAAUUGCCCUCAAUGCAAAGGUCAUGCUGCUAAGAAAUUUGGAUGUCAGUGACGGUCUUGUAAAUGGUGCUAUUGGAGUAGUCACCUCGAUUUUACCAUCAUCAAAUAACAACAAACUCCCGCCAGCAAUAGCAAUUCAGUUUGAUGACCCAAAAGUUGGCAAGAAAGCUAUGAACAAUAACAAAUACAAGAGCUCCAUCCCUGCUGGCUCAGUUCCCAUCGAACCAAUUCAGGUUAAACUUGAAAAUACUAACAUCACCAGAACUCAGUAUCCAUUAACAUUAGCAUGGGCAUGCACCAUUCAUAAGACACAGGGCAGAACUAUGAAAGAAAUAGUAGUCUCUCUAAAAACCAUCUUCACUGCUGGCCAAGCAUAUGUUGCACUUAGCAGAGUCACUUCAAUUUCUGGCCUCCACUUCCUUGAUUAUGAUUCCUCAACUAUAUAUUGCUUCCCUGCCGUAAAAGAAGGCCUAGCUGAAAUGACCAGGUUACCAGACUGUUCUCAGCAUCCACUACGUGUCAGCUAUCCUACUGCUGUCCAAAUAAUUCACCAUAACAUUGAAGGACUCAACCCUCAUUUUCAUGACCUGCAAUAUAACCAUGACGUUCCAUAUUCAGAUGUACUAUGCCUGACUGAAACAUGGUUACAGACUGAACCACCAGAUGCCUUGCACUUGCCAAAUCUCAUCCUGUACUACAAUAAUAGGUCAACAUCAUAUGCAGAAAACUCACCAUUUUACCAAAAGCAGCGUGGUGGCGUAGCAGUUUAUGUCAAGGAGAAUCUCCUGUCACAGCAACUUGAUCUUGGAGUCACUAAUCUUGAAUAUCUUGCUCUUCAGAUAUGUAAAGAACAGACUACCUUCCUUGUGAUAGUUAUUUACCGCCCACCUUCAUAUCAAUCUGCUCCAUUCUGCCAAGUCUUGCAAAGAAUGCUACAGGCAACUGACUCGAUCUCUACAGAUCAUGUAGUCAUCACUGGAGAUUUCAAUGAAGACCACCUCCAAGUCAACACAUCCACUCCAGUGAAAUCCCUCCUACAGUCAAAAGGAUUCAUACAACUCAUCGAUGAUCCCACCACCACAGAAGGUACAUUGAUCGACCACAUGUACAUCAAAACUCAAGGAAAUAGCAAACCUCUACAAUUUGGUGUCCUGUCAACAUACUACAGUUACCAUGACCCCAUCUAUUGUGUGAUUUCAGAUUACUAA